UACAAAAUAUAUACGUUUUUUUUUAGCCGAGCAGACAAAUUCGUGCAAAUAUAAGUCGAAAAUGUUACCCGGUGUUGGAAUUUUCGGUACUGGUGCUAUAACAAAGGUUCUGGUACCACUGCUUCGCGAAAAAGGUUUCGAUAUAAAGGCGAUAUGGGGACCUUUAAAAGAGGCCGAAUCGGUAGCCCAGUCGCAAAAGAUUUCGUUUUUUACCAACAAAAUCGAUGAUGUGCUUCUUCGUAAAGACGUUGACUUGGUGUUUAUUGUAUGUCAACCUUUUCAGCAUGCAGAGAUAUCCAAAAAAGCUUUAGGUAUUGGAAAACAUGUUGUCUGCGACCGACCUAUGGGGCUACAUCAAGCGGACGCUUUGAAAAUGGUACAUGCAUCACAGUACUAUCCUCGGCUUAUAACAUUGGUUAACUACUCACUACGUUUUCUUCCUGCAUUUACACAUAUGAAACGAUGUCUGCAAGAAGGACUUAUCGGCCCUAUAAAUCAAAUUUCUUUGGUGGAUAUACGCGUACAAUUGGGUACACUAUUUCCGGAGAAAUUUGACUGGAUGUGUGAUGCAGCAAUGGGUGGUGGAGCUUUAAAUUUGGUAGGCAGUCAUGUUAUUGAUCUGGUAAGCUAUCUUUUGCCACAACAUGCUGUGCGGGUACAUGGGGUCGUGCGUUCAUACACGAAAACAACAGCGGCUGUUAAUGGCAUACGACAAAUUUCAGCCCCAGAUUUCUGUACUUUCCAAAUGGAAUUGGCUGGCGGAGGUGCACUAGUCACUGCCUCCUUGUACAGUCAUACGGUACCCGCAAAAUCAUUCUCUCAAGAGGUAUUGAUUUGUGGCAGCAAAGGUCAUUUAGUGGUGCGUGGUGGAGAUUUAUUUGUAUUUAAACAUAAAGCAGAAGCACAUCAAAUGAAGGAAGAAGCAAUAUAUGUUGACGUUCAAGACUUGCACUUUGCUACCUCUGAAUCCUUGUUACCACGUCCAUAUAUAAAAGGUUUAUGUAAAAUGGUUGGAGCACUAAAGGAAGCUUUCGCCAACAAAGAUGCAUCAUGGGUAAAGGAACCUGUCCAAGCCGCUGCAACAUUUGAAGAUGGACUAUAUGUACAAGCAGUGCUGGAUGCCAUCCGUAAAUCAAGCGAAACAAAAUCAUGGCAACGCGUUAGAAUUACGCCAGAGACGCCUUCGAACCAUGAACAGAUUAUGACCUUUGCCCGCAUGUCAACCAUGUAGAAUCUUAUGAAAUUUUUAACGGAUUGCGUAUAAUCUCUAUUUUUACCUGUCGAGCAAAUACAAUCCAAGAUACCUACGAACA